AUGUUCGGCGCCUUUCGAGCGACCCAGGUAAACCUUGGUGGCCUCCUUUGGAAGAUUCCAUGGAGAUUGUCAUCCACCAGAAAAGCUAAUGCUCGAGCAAGACUAAAGAAAGUCGAUGCGGUUAUUGAAGCUGUAAGAGCCAGCGGAGUUCAGUGCGGUGCACUUGACCAAGCCUUGGAGCUUCCGAAAGAACACGAAAUGCCUGCACGCGACAAAUACACUGUCUUCUCUCCUCAUGCCAAAGGGUACAGAAAGGGUAUACACAAAGUGCCCAAAUGGACCAGGAUGACCCUUCGAACAAACCCCAAGGGAUUCUAG